ACUUAAUAUAUUCAUUUAUCUUUUAGCAAAACACAAAAUGAAACGUGAGUGUGUAUAACAUACAGUGCUGUUGACAAGAUGGCGAACGUUAAAGAGUGUAGAACAGUUGUAAUUGCUAUGGAUUGUAGUGAAUACGCACAAAAAGCUUUUGAUUGGUACUGGGGGAACAUCAGGAGAGAGUCAGACAAACUUAUUCUGGUCCAUGUGCCAGAAUUCCAUACAGUCGUGCAAUCACCAAUGGAAAUUGCGGACUUCACAAGUUUAACUAAUUUGUAUGCUGAAGAAGAGCAGAUGACAAAAGAUUUCAUCGAAAAACUUACCACUUUACUCAAAGACAAACAUACCAAUGGCAAGGUGAGUGCAAGAUAUGGGCGACCAGGAGAAGUCAUUGUAAAAGUUGUAGAAGACGAGGACGCUGAUCUAAUUGUCACUGGGUCACGUGGUAUGGGAACCAUCAGGCGCACAAUUCUCGGUAGUGUCAGUGACUAUAUCAUUCACCACUCUCCCGUUCCAGUUAUAGUCUGCAAACAUUGACAUGAUUAUCCUACUCAAACAAGAGGUGGCUCGAUGAUGAAGCCACAUUACUGCUUUUCGGCCAUCUUACUAUACGGAUAAUAUUAAAAUGAAUUCUUUGUUUGUUGUGAAAAGCUCGAAAUAGUAUACCAAGCUAUAUCUAUCGAGGAUGAUCUUAUUGGGAUUUCCUCUGAAAAAUAGAAGAUACCUAUACACAGUGUUUUUUUUAGAUAAUUAAAGAACGUUAAAGCAACACGUCAUAGUUCAAGUACAUUAUAAUUACGAAGCAGUCCAUCGUAUAUGAUGCAAGCAUUUGCUGGAAAUAUGGUGAAUCAUUUUAUUUUUCUGAAAACGUGUAACUAGCUAUUGAUUUAUUUGAGACGUGAUCUCUGUGUCUUUUAUAGCGCAUCCAAAGUUUACAUACGUCAGGUAAACACACAAAAUAGCAUUACAUGAAACUAUUAGUAAGUGUAACGGUACAGAAAUCUUAAUGUUUUUCAUUUAGAUACAUUACGUACUGUUAUCUUUACGUUUGUGUUGUAAUUGGUCGAUUUCGCCAAAGAUUAAGACAACAGAUACUAUCUGACUACUUUAUGGCAUUUAAUAUUUUAACACAAUAUUUAUGCAAUCUUGUACUUUGUUAUCCUAACAGAACCAAUCAGUACACAUAGAAAACUGCUAUUGUAAAAGCAACGUACAUAUAGUACAAUUUGUCCUUUCAUGCUUAAUGUCAUCGUACAAGAAUUCACUGUUCACCGAUUUUGUUUCUAUUCUAUGUGUAUAGAUGUUCAAUGCAAAAUAAAUUCAAGGCUCCA